AUGUCGAACUCCAAGGACCACAUUCUUGAGUAUUUGGACCUGGACAAUUUGGACCUGAACCGCACUUACACUCCCGAAGAGUUUGAAAUUAUCAGCGACCAGCUUAAGUAUCGCUCUUUAAUAAUCGACGACGAACCCAUCUGCUACUUUGAGCUAGACAAAUCUGGCAAACUCGUUCCAAUGCCACCAACCGUGUUUCGCAAAGAAUAUGCUGUCCUUGAGAUCGCGACACAAUUCAAACUCUGGAACGAGGGGACUCGGCAGAAGGGGGCAGUGACUUCCUCACAAGGAGGGUUUAAACUUGAAGGUGGUGGAAUU